AUGGGCUGUUUACCGGACUCCCAGAUGGGCACUGGUCCUGCUGCUAGUGUAGCUGCGGAAAUGGGCGCGAUGUUCCCCUCUUUGCGCUUUGGGCUGCUAGUUGGGGUUGGUGGAGGAGUAUGGAGCGAGGAUCAUGAUGUGCGCCUUGGCGACGUUGUCGUCAGUCGGCCGGAUAAGGACAACAAUAACGGUGGAGUCAUCCAGUACGACUACGGCAAGGCGAUACAGGGAGGCGAGUUCCAAGAGACGGGUAUCCUCAACCUGCCACCGACAAUAUUGCUUUCAAGCCUCGGCAAGCUACGAUCUACGCCUGCUGCUAAGAGCCAGUUCUUUCCAUAUCUCAAAUCUUUCGAAGCAUUCGACGAUGAUUCACCAGAAUUCGCCCGCCGACCAACAGCCAAGGAUCGCCUCUUCAAGCCCGAGUUUGGACAUGUGAAGAAGGAAGCCACAUGCCGUAACUGCGAUGCUGAGCAUGAAAUAUACCGCGAAGAGCGACUUAAUGCAAGGUCAAAAGUUCAUUACGGAACGAUCGCCUCGGGGAAUCAGGUCAUGAAGGACGCCGAGAAGAGGGAUACCAUUGCGGAAGGCCGUGGCAUUCUCUGCUUUGAGAUGGAAGCCGCUGGGCUGAUGAAUCAGUUUCCUUGUUUAGUGGUGCGUGGCAUCUGCGACUAUUGCGACUCCCACAAGAACAAGGCGUGGCAGCCGUAUGCAGCGGCAGCAGCAGCUGCGUGGGCCAAAGAGUUGUUGAGGAAUGUAUCGCCAGGAGAGCUUCGUGGUGAGAGGACUAUUCAGGCGCAGGGAUUGUAA